AGGGCACGGGAGUCUCGGCGCUGCCGCGGCGGGAGAGGCAGCGGUGGGGCCGGCGGCGGCUCCUCACGGGAACAAAGCGGGGGCGGCGCGGCCACACGGUGAGAGCCGGGUGAGGGACGGGGAGGGGGCGGCGCCCGAGCUCCCCGGGGACCCCUGCGCUCCCCGAGGGGCGGCUCGGCUCGGCGCGGCGGAGGGGCCGCGGGCCCGACCCACCCUGCCUCCCUCUGCCCGGCGCCUCAGGGCGGGGUGACAGCGCCGUGCCCCCUCCCGUCCCCGCCUCCCGCGGAGCCGUCCCCGCUCGCCCCUGUCCCCGCAGGGACCCCUGCGCGCCGCCGCCGCCGCGUCCGCCCGCCCGCGGGUCGCUGUUCCCCGGGCAGCCGGGGAAUAUAGAGCAGUGGAUCGGGGAGGCGGUCCGGGCGCGGAGCCCGAGAACAGAGCACGGUCAGAAGAGGAAUGGAUGUAACAUGAUACCGUUGCAGCGCUCAAAACACACAAAUUCUGCGAAGAUUUGUUAUUUCAUUAAGUAAUACAAGGAAAAUGGAUGAAUCGGCUUUGCUGGAUCUGUUGGAGUGUCCUGUUUGCUUAGAACGCCUUGAUGCUUCUGCGAAAGUGCUGCCUUGCCAGCACACGUUUUGUAAACGCUGCCUGCUGGGCAUUGUGAGCUCCCGCAAUGAGCUGCGAUGUCCCGAGUGCCGGACUCUAGUGGAAUGCGGUGUUGACGAGCUCCCCAGUAACAUUUUGCUCGUUAGACUACUGGAUGGCAUCAAACAGAGGCCUCGCAAACCCGGCGGUGGGACUGCUGGCACAAACGCGUUAAGGGUCCCCAUCAACACUGUAGCUAAUUGCGGGUCAAAGGACCUGCAGGGCUCGCAGGUUGGACAGCAGCAAAGGGUGCAAGCACGGAGCCCUCCUGUUAGGGGUGUACCUCAGUUACCAUGUGCCAAAGCAUUGUAUAACUACGAGGGAAAAGAACCUGGAGAUCUUAAAUUCAGUAAAGGAGACAUCAUCAUUUUACGUCGACAGGUGGAUGAAAAUUGGUAUCAUGGAGAAGUCAAUGGAAUCCAUGGCUUUUUUCCUACCAAUUUUGUUCAGAUUAUUAAGCCUUUACCUCAACCUCCGCCUCAGUGCAAAGCACUUUAUGAUUUUGAAGUAAAAGACAAGGAAGCAGAUAAAGACUGUUUACCAUUUGCAAAGGAUGAUGUUCUGACUGUAAUUCGCCGUGUGGAUGAAAACUGGGCAGAAGGAAUGCUGGCUGACAAGAUAGGAAUAUUUCCAAUUUCAUAUGUUGAGUUUAACACAGCAGCCAAACAGCUGAUAGAAUUGGACAAGCCCUCAGGUUCUGCCGUUGAUUCUGGAGAAGGUACCUCUGGGGCAGCCCACAACAAUUCAACCCAAAAGCACAGCGAUACUAAGAAGAACACCAAAAAACGUCACUCUUUUACCUCCCUCACCAUGUCCAACAAGGCUUCACAGUCUUCUCAGAACCGCCACUCCAUGGAAAUCAGUCCUCCUGUCCUCAUCAGCUCCAGCAACCCCACGGCAGCAGCCCGCAUAAGUGAGCUGACAGGACUGUCCUGCAGUGCCCCCUCUCAGGUUCAUAUUGGCACUACAGGGCUGAUUGUGACUCCACCCCCCAGCAGCCCAGUCACAACAGGGCCUUCCUUCACCUUCCCCUCAGAAGUUACUUACCAAGCUGCUCUUGGUAAUAUGAAUCCCCCACUCCCACCACCACCUCUCUUGUCUGCUGCAGUCAUUGCAUCGGCCACUUCUGGACCUCAGUCUACAAGUGUCAUACAAAGGUCUGCAUCAGGAUCAACUGACCAAGUGGCACAUUUACGACCACAAGCUCGUCCAAGUGUGUAUGUUGCUAUCUACCCCUACACUCCUCGAAAAGAAGAUGAACUGGAACUGCGGAAAGGAGAAAUGUUCCUAGUGUUUGAACGCUGCCAAGAUGGCUGGUUCAAGGGAACUUCCAUGCAUACAAGCAAGAUUGGUGUUUUUCCUGGAAAUUAUGUGGCUCCAGUUACAAGGACGGUGACAAGUGCAUCCCAAACAAAAGUUCCCAUGUCUACUGCUGGCCAAACGGGACGAGUGGUGACUAUGGUCAGCCCUUCCACUGCUAGUGGAACAUCCCAGAAGCUCCAGGGGAAUGGUGUGGCAGUGAACUCCAGCUCAGUACCCACAGCAGUGGUUUCUGCAGCACAUGUCCAAACCAGUCCGCAAACCAAGGUCCUUAUGCAUGUGACAGGACAAAUGACAGUCAACCAGGCUCGAAAUGCAGUUAGAACAGUUGCCUCACAUAGUCAAGAAAGACCUACGGCAGCCGUCACACCCAUUCAAGCACAAAGUCCAACAUGCCUUAUUCCUGCAGCUGUGAUCAUUCCUCACCACUCUGUUGCCUCCCAGCAGCUCCAGCCCCAGCUUCCAAAUCCUGCUGCUUAUGUCACGGCCGUGAAUGUGACCCGCUCAACCAUCCCUCUGGCAUGUACAGCAGCUUCUUUGAAUUCUAACAUUGCUGCUUCAUCUUUGGAGGGAGAUGUCAGUGGAAAAACAGCAAACACACACCCUGGAGCUCCUACAUCUCCAGAGAGUGCUUUAACAGCUGGUGGAAAUGCUGCUGUCAGUAAAACAGAUAAGGAUGGCAAGAAAGAAAAGAAAGGUUUGCUGAAACUACUUUCUGGAGCAUCCACCAAACGCAAGCCUCGGCUGUCCCCGCCAGCGUCCCCCACGCUGGAGGCUGAGCAGGCAGCGGCAGAGCUGGCCCUGCAAGGUGCAGUGGGGCCAGAGCUGCCGUCAGCAGGCGCUCACAGCAAGGCUGGCUCCUGUCCUGCUGACAGCGAGGCCCCUGGGCUGGCACAGGAGGCCCUGCAUCGCAAAGCCGCUUCCCUGGAUCCCUCCAUUCCCGUCGCCCCGCCGCCCCGGCAGCCUUGCUCCUCGCUGGGGCCGGUCCUCAAUGAGUCCAGGCCUCUUGUGUGUGAAAGGUACAGAGUUGUGGUAUCCUAUCCUCCUCAGAGCGAAGCAGAACUUGAACUUAAGGAAGGUGACAUUGUUUUUGUACACAAAAAACGUGAGGAUGGCUGGUUCAAAGGCACUCUGCAACGAAAUGGAAAGACUGGCCUUUUCCCUGGCAGCUUUGUAGAGAACAUUUGAGAAGAUUCAUUCCAAGAGCUUCAAAUCAUACUGUACUGUAAAAUAGCACAAAUAUUUUGCCAGAAAAAGCACAGUCAUGAAAUAUUUUCAAAUGACUGUAAUGUAAACAAAAAUCUACAUAUUUUUACAGUGUCUAUAGCACAAUUACACCAGCGAACAAAGGAGAUGAAGGCAUCUGCUGGUUUUAUCACUUUGAAUUCUUAAGUGUGAUGUGUGCCUUGUACUGUCUGAUUUAUUAUAUAGAGGAAUUUUUUUCCCCAAGUAUGUUACAUAAAUGAGCAAUUGUUUACAAGGCUGUAACUAAUUUAUUCUUGGUUUUUUUUUAAACUUGAAUUUUGUGUAAUAGCUAAAAUUCUUGUGACUAUGAUUUUAACAAAUUAUUAAUUUAUGAAAUAAUAACAAAGGGGAAGCUGGAUUCUCUCCUUAUGAGCAAGCAAUUAUAUCUGAUAAAGAGCCUCCCAUUUAUCCUCUGGACAUUUUUCCCCGCUGUGUCUGACAGUGGAGUAAGUCUCUGUUGUAUGAGUUAAUGUUGAGUGGUGGUGAUGUGGCGUCAAAUAGAAUUUGCCAAAUGGGGAAAAAAAAUGUAUUUUCUUCUUUGGACAGAGAAAAAAAAAAGUCAGUGGUGUACUUGAGUCUAGUUUUACUUCUUCAUGAAUCACCUAAGUGGAGUAAUGUUUUCAGGAGGCAAAGAUGUAUGUGAACAAAGCCAUCUCAAGGUUAGGAUCAUCUCAAGGUUAGGAAAGAAGAAGUUUAGGAGUGCCAACAAGAAAUUCCCUAUACCUUCUGUUCAUAUAAUUACUUGGCUAUUUGAACAAAGCUUAGCUUUGUAUAUUUGGCCAGUUAUUUGGGCAUUUAGCUCUCAGCAUCCAACUAAAUUGGAAGGAAUGUUAAAGCCCAACACUUUUAAUAUAACUUGAAAACAUCUGUUUGAUAAGACUGAAUAUAAAAAUAAAAUUAUAAGUUGUACUUAAUGUCUAAAAAUGCCUAAGACGUGUAAUUUGCUGUUUUCUUCUCAAAAUGAUCUGCAUGGCCAAGAGAUGUUUUAAAAUGUCUGAGCAGUAGUGGUGGUAAGUGAUGCACUUGUGUUAAAGUAAAAGGCUGUAUGAAACACUGUGAAAACUUUACAAACUUCUUAACCAUUGCUACUUUGCUAUGUUCUGACUUUUUCUUUGUCUUGCAUGUGUUACUCAAUUCCUGCAGUAAUGUAACUGUGCAUGGUUGGCAUUUUCCAUCUCAAUUUCCUGUUGCUGGGCUAUUUUGCUCUGAAAGUUUCCCAAAAGCCACUUGACCAAAACUAGUGAGCAACUCACCUUCAACCAGAGAAGGUGUCCAGUGUUUGAAUCAUUAAUGAAAUUUUUUAAUGUUGUCCUUGCAGCUGAUGGAUAGAAAGAAUGCAGCCUGCAAGAAAUAUGUUGUUAGUGUUUCAGGGUUUGUUUUUUUUUUAGAGAUUUGACACUGGUGAACACACACUCUAUUCAGCUGAACCUGUUUUUUUAUUUUAUUGUUUGAUUAUAGCAGUUUCAUGGUGAUUUUUUUUUGUAAGACACUGAGCACCAUCAUCUCCAUUUAAAUCCAUUUAAAUCUGAUGUUAUUUGGCUGUUACUCAGCACUUUACAAAGGGAAGCCAGUAAGGUGAUUCAGUGUCGCACAGUACACAGAAACAGUGGUCUGUUAAAUACUUACAAUUUUCUUGAAGAUAUACAUUGAAAAAUAUCAAAGUUAAUGACAGAGAUUUCUUGCAAUAUCAGGUAGUAUCAUGACGGUCUUAAAAAUAAAAAAAAUAUAUCUAUAAAUAUAUAUAGUUGGACAUGACAGCAUUCCCAAAUUAACCAUCUCUUUUAAACACUGUAUCAUUCAAUUUUUGCAUUUUUAAAUCUUUUAAAUAGUUUACUUGAAUAUUCAUGUAAUAUAUAAAGCUUUUGUGAAAUGAAUUUUAGUUAGAAAGAAGCUGAUAUCAGCUUUUGUCAGCAUAAAUUGGCACUAGUGUGUCGUAAUCUUAUUUUGGAAAAUUUAGUGCAUUUUAUAUUAAAGACUACUAAAGGUUAAAUUUUUUCUAUCUCUACUCUCCAUAUUUUAAACUAAGUGACUAAGGUACCUCUAUUAAUAGAAUUUCAUGAUGUAAAGUCAGUUAAAAAUCAGUUGUUAAUCCAGUAGUUCUGUUAGAUGGAAUACAUUUUUAAUUGAUUUUUUUAACAUUGAGUAAACGUUUGUAAAAAGGGCUUAUUACAUAGCAGUGCAACAAUGACAAAAAUGCAGUUUAUCAUGCCUUUUUUUGUGAUCUUUUGGGGGUUAUUUUUUGGUUUUGGCUUGGGAUUAAUUCAGUGUAGAAACAGACAAACCCUGUGCAUCUGCUUUGUGUAAUUCCAUAAAAAAAUUUUUGUAAGGUAUUUUAUAUCUAUGUUUGAAGUCCAGUGAAUGUUAAGUGUUUGAUUUAUUAUGUUAAACUUCCAAUCCUAAUAAAUAUUUUCUUAGCAAACAGCUACAGCAAAUAGUGUACACAAACAUUAAACAUAAAUUACUUGUAAAGAAUUUGCCAAUAAAAUUCCCAGAACUUAAUUUCUGAAUUCCUAGGAGCGUAUUUCUGCUCAUAGAGAAAAAGUCUUCAGAUUCCAUAACAUAAGAAGCUUGGAAUGGUGACUAUAAUGCAAAAACUGUAGAGAGAACUGAAGACCUGGCUGAUCUUUUCCCAGCUCCUUAUUUCAGUGGGUAACUUCAGAAAAGGGUAGGUAACUUAAUCUCAGUCUGUUCAUAAGUGACAGCACAUCUGGUGCACAGUAGUCACAACCUGCUUUCCCUAGAGGAAGAAGUGUCUGGUGUAAUGGACCUGCUGUGGAUUUCUUGGGAGAGGUUGAAGCAUCUGCCUGAACUUCCACUGUGGGCAAAAGUGCGCAGUGGCACUGAGCCUGAAGAAGUUUUCUGUGCACAGCAGUCAGGCAGCAACUGGCUAACGAGGAGACCUGGAUUUGCAUGUGUUUACAUGUCUGCUGUAUACACGUGGCCUCUGGAAAAAUUGGUGGAAAUUAAUCCUAAAAGUGUUUGCAAGUGCUUGAGACUUGGUAAAUGUUGCAGCUACUGUGAUAAGCUCAGUGUUAGUUAAGACUGACAAACAGAACCUAAAUUGUGCUGGCAGUGAAUGGUGCAGCAUUGGGUGCUCUCUGAAAGAAGGAGCAUCUCGUCUAAGCUUCCUUAAUUCAGGGGGAUGAGAGGAGGGGGAAGGCAAUACAAUUUGUAGAAAUACAGAAUGGAGAAUAUAGAAUAGCAAGAUUUAUUUGUUUUUUCAGAAUUGUGUUCUGAUAUCA